GGUAGAGGAAAUGGCGCCGUUGAAUGUGUUGACUGUGUUUCCAGUGCAGCCUCGGACCGUGUGAGCCAGGGGCGCCCCGAGUCCGCCGCUCACCCCAUGUCACUGCAGUGCACUUUAUCUACAUGAGAGAAUUGGAAGCGGCAGCUACCAAAGACGUUGAAGGAAAUCUGAGAAGGUAUAAAAAAACUGAAGAGGAAGAUAAUUUGAUGGAAGAAAGUAAGAAGAGGAAGGACAAGAAGAAAAAGAAGGCUGUCCUCAAGAAGGCUACUGAGCAAAAAACCAAAGUGCCAGAUCAAAUACUAAGCCAGCCUCAGCCUGUCAUCGGGAUUAUUGGCAUUUCCACAGGAACCAGCAGUCAAAAUAAUAAUGCCAAGCGGCUCAUACCAAACAGUCUGCAACCGGUGCCUCGUUAUCCGCCCCGCGAAGUACCACCUCGAUUCCGACACCACGAACAGAAACAUCUUCUGAAGCGUGGUCAGCAGCUACCGUCCACUGCGGCCAGCGUGGGGUUAGCCUCUAACCUACUAAACCAAGAGUCCACAUUUGACCCUGUAGAGUGUCCGGAUCAUACAGAAGGCAAAAACGUGAAGGACAGUUGCAAAAGUCAACCAGGCAUGCCUCCCAUUCGGGAUUUGGUCAGUCACUCCCCUAACCAGCUAGAUCUCAAUCACAGUAGUCUGGGAUCCCACUAUGAAAGUUCUCAUUGGGGAUCGGUCUCUUCUAGCGGUGAUUCUGGCACAAACUGGGAUAAAGUUAUUGUAGACGGCACAGAUAAAGAGGAGUGGCCAUCAAUCACUGGCAGCAGCUCAGACUUGGCAUCAGAAUGUAUGCAUAUUGACUCUUUCCCAAACUCUGGAGCUGAAAAGAGCCACUCUGUGCCCUUUGGGGGGGUGAUUGAAGAAAUGGAUACUGUGAGGAAUGGCAUUGGGCAUAGUUCUCAGAGCAAACAUUUGGUCAACAGCAAUAAUGCAAGCAGUGGAAGUAUUAAUGGGCCUUGGGGAAUCCCCAAUGGAUCCAUGAUAAGCACAUGUCAUGAUGUCCCUGAUAGCAAAGCUGAUAACAGGCACAGCAAAAUCAAAGCAUGGGGUACUGCAAAUACGUCGAAUGGAGUUCUCAAUUCAAGCACUUUGAAUAUGAACGGUAACCAUGGUGCCUGGCCCGUUUUAGAAAGCAAUGGACAUUCCCUAAAGGGGUCUAGUAAUUCUGGCACAAAUGUUCCAAGCAGUACUACAGGCCAGGUGCCCAACAACAAUCGUACUCUUAACCCAAAACUGGGCAAUCGUGCCCCUAACUCCUGGGGAAAUGUUCAGGAGAAUGGUGAUGUUGAACUGAAUGGUACACGCAAGGCUGGUUAUAAUGUGCAACCUCAAAUCCAUAACACUGAAAUGACUGGACCAAAUAACACUACUAACUUUAUGACCUCUAGUUUACCAAACUCUGCUGGCUUACUCCAGACAAAUGAACUGCCUAACUCUACAGGGCACGGGGGCUGGAAUACAAGCAACAUGAAUCAUUCUCCACUUCACGCCUCUUCAGUUACAAAUGGCACUUCCAGUCCACACCUAAGCAAUGGUGAGGAUAAAAAUGGCGGAUCAUAUGGUACUACGUGGGGUAACUGCAAAAAUUCAGUACCUAAAGGGCAAGCUAUUAAUGACACUGUGAAUGCGACUGUAAUCCAAACGGCCACAAAUGGUCCAAAUUGUAAAGUCAAUGGGACUGCAAUGCAUUGGAGCAAUGGAAAUGGAGGGACUUCUGGAGGAGGUCACCGUAGAUUUGCAAACCCAGCACAAAACACUGGCACUAAUUUAGCAAAUGGUGAUUGGAACAAAAUGCCUAACAACCAGCAUUCCAAUGAUGGAGAAAACACAGAAAAAAGCGAUAGAAAAGUUUCAAACCCUCGGAAAUAUCCUGAGGAAGAGAAUGGGGUUCAAACGUCAACAGAUUCUAAAGCCAAUGAGACUAGUAAGGUAUAUGCCAAAAGUACAGGUACUGAGGAAACUGAAGGUAGCCUAGACAGCACUGGAAACCAGGGUGAGCAAGCCAUUGGGGUCGAGAGUGCAGUAGUUCAGAACGUGGACGAGGAAACAGAAUUUCAAUGUAUUGUAAUUAAAGAAGACCUGGACCCUCGGGUUCUGAGCAACGAAGGCUGGGGAACGACUACAAUUAGACAGGACACUCCCUGGGAAAUAGAAGCUGCUUUUCUGUGGGAUGACAGAACUGACAAUGGAACAGCUGUUUGGAUGCCAUAUCUGUCAGAGACUAACUCAGGGGGAUUGGUGGGCAAACACAACCCUAACAGAAAUGAUACCGUAUCAUUAUCUGGACGGGGAGAUCCAAAGCCUACUACAGGGUCGGGUAAUGCCAAAGGCUCCAUAAGCCGAGGGGAAUGGGAAGAUCAAUUUGCUGCUACUACUGGAAUGGUCAAGAGCAAUCAAUCACGAGGGACUGGUAAAGAGGACAGAUCCAGUUGGAAUGACGCACAAAAGGUCAAACAGGGGUAUGGAGGGCACCAUAGUAAUAACUUUGGGGAUAAUUCUAAGAGUAAUCGAUGGGGUGGAUCAAAGGCAAGUUCUGACAGUGACAGAUCAAUGUCUGGUUGGAAUGACUCUAGUAGGUCUAACUCCUGGGGUAAUGCAGGAUAUUCUAAUAACACAUUUGAGUCUUCUAAGGUAAGCUCAAACCAGGGAUUUGAGCCCAGCAAAGGCAAUGGGGAGGGUAACAAAUAUGGCCCAGCUCAAACGGAGAGUGAUCACCCCAAAUCCAAUAAUUCAAUGGAAUGGAACAAGAACUCUGAAAACGGAUCGUGGGGAGUGCAAUCUAACCACAAUAAACAAUCUAGUUGGUUAGGUGGACCAAUGCCAACUGCAUCAAAGGAAGAAGAGAUGUCUGGUUGGGAACCUUCAUAUCCACAGUCCAACAGACGCAAGCAGGAGAUAGAUGAUGGCACCUCAGCUUGGGGUGACCCCAGUCAAUACAAAUACAGGAAUGUUAACAUGUGGGACAAUAACGCUCCAAAUGCCACCAAUGGGGCAGACCAUCAAUCCCAGCUACAUCAAAUGCCCCCACCAUCAAGUGCCGUGCCAAACAAAGAAAGCAACAGCAACUGUUCUGGUUGGGGUGAAACAUGGGUGAGCACACAAGCUCCUGCUGUAGAUAAUGGUACUGCGGCAUGGGGGAAACCAGUCGAAAGUAACAGUGGUUGGGGAAACCAAAACAGCGAAGCAUCUGGAUGGGGCCACACUCAGCAGGCUCCGGGCAAACCUGGUCCAAAAUCUAUGCAAGAUGGGAGCUGGGGCAGGGAUGACAUGUCUUGUGCUACUGGCCGUCAGAGCAACUGGGAGGAGGAAGAGCUUGAGAUAGGAAUGUGGAACAACAAUACAUCGCAGGAAAACAACUGGUCGCCCUAUAUGAAGAAAAUGCCUACAAAGGGAAUGAUGAAAAAUACAAAUAAGCAAGAGGAAAACUGGAUGAAUCCGAUGUUAAAACAAUUCAACAACAUGGGAUUUACAAGGGAGUCUCAAGAGGACUCGAUGCAGAGCAAUAAGAUGGAUAUGUCUGGAGGAAUGCUGCCAGACAAGAGGAUGGAUAUGGAUAAACCUGGCCAUGGUGUCGGGGAUUACAGUCGUGUGGUUGGCAAAGGCCCAGGACCCCGACACUAUUCCAAAGAGUCUUCCGUGGAUCACAAUCCUUACUUUGAUAAGGAUGGCACUGUAGCAGAAGAGCAGCAAAGCAUGCAGUAUAUAUCCAAUCAGAACAUGAAGCUUCCCCCUUUAAAUAGUGCACUACCUACUCAAUCCCCUGGCUCUUUCACAGGACUGGGAAUGCCAAAUGCCAAUUCUGUGAGACAGAAUGGCAAUCCUAACAUGUUCGGUGUUGGCAAUGCAGCACAAGCCAGGGGCUUGCAUCAGCCUUCAGCACAAGCUCUCAACUCAUCUCAGCCUAAUCUCCGUGCACAAGUGCCUCCUUCUAUAAUACCCCCUCAGGUUCCGCCUUCCCUUUUGAAGUAUCCGCCAAACAGUAACAACCUAAACCCCAUUCUUGGCCCUCAGCAAGUUGCCAUGUUGAACCAGCUCUCCCAAUUAAACCAGCUAUCCCAGAUACAUCGCCUGUUGGCUCAACAGCAGAAGGUGCAGAAUCAUAGAGGAAUGUCCUCCGGAGGUCGUCAGCAGCAAGAACAGGCCCGGUCCUUUGGUAUGCAACAACAGCAGCCACGUCAGCUGGAGCCAAAUCUUCUGAUGAAACAAGCUAUGCCACAGUCUCAGCAGAGCAUGCACCACCAGCCUCCAAUGAAGUCAUAUAUGGAGAACAUGUUGCCCCGCUCUGCCCCAGACAUGCCAAAAGUACCUUCACCAAUCAAUGCUUAUAACAGUUUUGGAUUAGGCUUAAACCCCAACCUAGGUGUAAAUAUGGAUCUUGGAGGGAUGAAGGAGCCUGAGUCACGACUGAGGAAGUGGACAACCGUUGACAGCAUGUCGUCUAACUCAUCCCUGGAUCAUAAUUCCAGUAAACAUGGUGCUAUUGCAAGUGGUUAUAGGCUUGAAGAUUCUCCUUUUGGAUCUUAUGAUUUCAUGAACGGCAGUAACUCUCCAUCCAGCCCUCCAGGAUCUAUAGGAGAUGGCUGGCCCAGUGCCAAAUCGCCAAGUGGCUCCAGCAGUGUCAACUGGCCACCUGAAUUCCGCCCAGGUGAGCCAUGGAAAGGAUACCCUAACAUUGACCCAGAAACCGAUCCUUAUGUCACUCCUGGCAGUGUCAUCAAUAACCUCUCAAUUAAUACUGUGCGGGGUGUGGACCACCUCAGGGACAGAAACAAUGGGUCAUCCUCAUCUCUGAACACCACGCUGCCUUCAACUAGUGCCUGGUCAUCCAUUCGUGCCUCUCACAGCAGUACAGCACAAAGCACUUCAGUUCGAAAUAAUGACCCCAAACAAGCUUGGUCUCCCGGUUCCAUUGGAAAUACUUCCCUGGCCCAUGAACUGUGGAAAGUCCCUUUGCCAUCGAAAAACAUCAGUGCUCCGUCCAGGCCUCCCCCAGGGCUGUCCAGUCAGAAACCACCUCCUAUAUCCACCUGGGAAGGCAACUCUCUGCGUCUAGGUGGCGGAUGGGGAAAUUCUGACUCCAGAUACACACCGGGUUCUGCUUGGAGUGAAAACGGCUCAGGGAGAAUAACUAAUUGGCUAGUUCUGAAAAACCUUACACCUCAGAUUGAUGGCUCUACCUUGCGUACUUUAUGCAUGCAGCAUGGACCUCUGAUUACAUUCCACCUGAACCUGCCAUAUGGUACUGCUCUGGUCCGUUACGGUUCCAAGGAAGAGGUUGUAAAGGCACAAAAGUCUCUGCACAUGUGUGUUUUAGGGAAUACUACUAUCCUUGCCGAAUUUGCCAGUGAAGAGGAAAUAAGUCGUUUCUUUGCACAAGGCCAGUCAAUGACCCCCUCCUCUGGCUGGCAGUCCGUGGGGUCUGGGCACAGCCGGCUAGGAUCCCUAGAUAGUCCACACAGCAUCUCGAACCGCGGAGAUAUCAAUCACUGGAACAGCCCUGGUGCUUCUAGCACGAGUUCUGGAGACCAUCAUGGCACUUCUCUGUGGGCUACCCCAAACUAUUCCACAAGCCUAUGGGGAACCGCAAGCAGUGAGGCUGGUGGUAUGAACAGCCCUUCCCCUGUCGGCGGUUUCCUUCCUGUUGAUCACUUAAGUGGAGAGCACAUGUAGCACUUCACAUAUGACCUCAAAUUAUUUUAUUUUGUUUUAAAUUUUUUACUUAAACAGCCCAAGGCUGGACUGUUCAUCAAAAUGUCUGCAGACUCUGCGGACUGCUCUUCUGCACACUUCCCACUUUUUGUUUUUAGCCCAAAACAUAUCAGUUUGAAAUACUUGAAUCAUGCAAGCCAAUGUUAUAAUGUGAAAAAUAAUUCUAUAUUUACACUUCCACAUUAGUGCUAUUCAUAUUUUAGCUGCAUAAUAUGAGCUGUGUAUUCAUAUGUGGGUUUUGAAUUCCAGAUUUAAACCUCCUUAUCCCUCAAUACCCUAGUAUGUUUCUUCUGACUAUGUUUGAGCUACAUAACAUUUUGCACUGGAUGGUGCUUCGUACUUUUUGUUCGGAAUUUAUCAGAAGCAGCAGCCCAAGUGUGUAACUGUUUACUCUAAUGUGUACUUAAAAGAGAAACAAAAAUAACUGAAUAAUGCUUGUUCUUUCUAAGAUGCCUUGAUGUACCUACCUUAUUGUGGUAUUCUGAAGUUUUAACUACCUUCCAGUGACUGAGCACAGUUCAGUGACUUGUUGUAGAGCAGUAAGUCACUGAUGUCUCCAACACUGAAAGCUGUUUAGGAGAACUGACGGUUAAAACCUUGUUUUUAAAAAUAAAAGUAUUGCACCAGGUUUUCGUGACUAAACCUUAUAGACUUUAGCUCUACGGUUUUAAUUAAAAAAAUAAAUAAAAUAAAAAAUAAAAAAAAUUAUAUAUAUCGUAAAAAAAAAAAAAAAUUAUAAAAAGAAAAACAAAAAAAAAUAUAUAAAAAGAAAAAAAAUCUAGCGGCCACAGCUGUCAUAUAUACCCUACGUGUGCAAGUGGGGGAGCAGCACUUUCAAACGGCUUUGCAUUUUUUAUUUUCGAGGUGCCAGGUUUGGAGCCUCUUGUUUACAAAAUGUUUGUUUUUUUUCGGUUGGAGGGAGGGGGGGAAGGAUUUUUUUUUUUCUCUCCAAAUGUUUACUCUUCCAUGAGUUUAAGAAAAUAUAAUAAUUCUGGUGAGGAUUUUAUCUCUGGGAGUCAAACAGUGUUGGUUGUGUUCACUUCCACCACCCCUCCCCCCUUUAUUUUGUGUGACUUUUUUUUUUUUUUAACUUCUAAAUCAUUGGGGAAAAUAAAGAACAUGGCUCUCAGGAAUAAUGACAUAGGUAACGCUUCCCUUCUCCCCCAUGUAAGAAAAAUAAACUUUUUUAAAAUAUAGACAAAAAAUAAAAAAAAUCACUAGAAAAAUGCAACUCUUGGCACUAACCGUGCUAAUUUUUCUCAAAGACUUAUUCCUCUCUGCCAAAAAAAUCCCUGAGAAAGCUUUCUUAAGCCAAGAUGAGAACAUACCUUUGCUUUCAUGCUGUCUUUUUAGUGAGUAGUUUUGAGAUUUGCAGAAUGCGAUGUAGGGUUGGAUCUUUAUGUUAAUUAAGUGGCUCCUCGCCUUGUCUCUGCUUUGUGACAGUGUUUUUAUUAAUGUUUUUUGUCCUUUUUUUGAAAUUUUAUUUUAAGAAAGCCGAUUAUUUAGUAACUAUGCACACUUAUGCACAUUGUAACCAAGUACUGGGCUAAACAAUUUACUUGUGUGUUGUACAAAAAGAAACUGUGUUUUUAAAUGUUUAGAAGUUAAUGAUUGCAAAGGAACAAGUUACAUAUUGUUUUGUGUUUGCCAUAAAUGGUAUUAUGCUUGUUUGGUCAAAGAAAAAUGAAAAACUGAACAAGGGGUAAAAUAGUUGUGUAAAUACCAACCUUAACCCUUUCACCUUAAACUCAGGGCUGGAAAUCUACCAGCAGGUACACUUCCACUUAAAAUUGUAACCUCUGCCUUCUUGGGUAGAUUCUUAGUCCAUGCAUUAACAGCUUCUUUCCUGGAAAGAUAGGGAGAUGCUUUUAUAGAUGAAUCGUUUUCUGGCUCCGCUACGUGGGAUUAGGGUUAAGAGUAGUGAUUCCUAUGUGCACUUUGUUUUCAGAGCAGUCCAGCACUAAAACUUCGUUAUAAAGGGGUAAAAUAUGGAGCUGCAGUUUGGAUGGGAACAAAAGUUACUCAGCGGUUAUUGCAGGGUGUGUUUUACUAUAUUCUUAACUCAUAUGGUGCUGGACCACUCGUAGAAUAUUGCUUAAUGGGAACACUGGUUUAAAAGUCUCCUCUCACUUACUACUUAGCAGAGUCCUUUAUCCAGGUUCCCUGGGCAUGGUGAAAUGGUUAAUGUUUAGCCUCACUCCUGUAGGCCUUGGGGUUGUUUCAUGAAAACAGGAUUUUACCAUAAGUUCUAAAUAAAACCGAAAUAAUUUUACAGAAUUGAUAUUUGGGAUAAACAAGCCAGGAUUUGUUUAAGUUGCCUUUUUUUUGCGUGUGUUUUUAUUAUACUUUUUAAGCAUAAUAGAAAAAAAUAACACAAGGUGCAUUAAUUUCUUAUAAAUUCCAUGUUGUAUUCUCAAAUCCUGGCAGAGCUGUAUAUCCCAAGAAUUGAUUUCAAAAGCGCUCUUGGCAUGUUACACCCGCACAUAUUGCCAUUUUCUCAUUGCCUUGAUUCUUUGUGUCAGCCGAUACAAAUCAACUUGUGGCUUUUUAACUGUUUACAAAUAGAAAAAUGAUUGUACAUUUUACAAUUUUUUUUUUUUUUAAUUUGAUGAAGUUUGAGAUUAGUGAACCAUGUAUUUUCGCUGCUUAGCAUUGGGUAGGUUUUAUUUUUCUGUGAUUUUAUUUAGAAGCUGGUUUUAAUGCAGUCUGAAAAAAAAAUACAAAUAUACUUGGACUGUAUCUAGUGUUGUGAACUGUGUUAAAUAAUCAGAGGAGAAGUGUAAUAUUUUUAAAUGUUGUACAAGGCAAACACUUCAGCGUUUGUUCCUGGUAUAUAAAUAUUAUAGCCUUAGUUUAUUUGGGAUCACCUUAAACAGGAUUCUGCCAGAACAUGAUUCUAAAUACUAUUAUCCUGCACUAAGCUCUUAACUUGAAACUGUACAGGACACAGCCGCUUGGAAAUUACAUUUCUUGAUGUUAACACUUGAGUAUGCUUUUACCGCCUUUAUACCUCAGUUAAAGAACAACCCAGCAAUGACUAAAUAGCAGUUUUGUUGCUUUCCUGUUUGUUUGUCCAGCAGAUUUUGUCCUGCUUUUUUGUAGUGCUUGAGGGCACAACAGUGUUUGUAAUAUGUAGCUAGACAACUCUAGUCUAAAUCUGCCAAUGAGUGAGCUGUGAUCCUCGUAAAGGUAAUCAUUUCAAAUCAGCCUUCUAUAUUUCAAUAAAACUUUAUCUGUAACUUAUUACAAACAGUACUGUAGUGAAUCCUAGGCCUGCUGUUUUUUUUGGGUUGUCUUCAAUGGUGUUACUAUGCGAUGUGUCGCAGGACCCUCACAAACAGCAAAAAGGAUUAACGUGUGUGCGCCAGAGAGGCCUACAAUAAUUACAUUUCAGGUCCCUUUGAUUUAAUGGGGCUUGAUUUUGGGAAAAAAAUAAUAAAAAAAAUAAUAAAAAUAUAAAAUAAAAUAAAAAUACCAAAGCUAGCUUUGUGACACUUCCCAGGAGAACGAUUUUAAUCUUUCUCAAUGAUUAGCUGCCCUCCAAACAAAUAAAUUGGAGUGUUUAUUUACAUUAUGUUAUGUUGUGUAUCGUUCAAAUGCUUGAAUGCUUCCUGUUUUAUUUUUGUUUGUUUUAUGACGCUUGUUAUGUAUUAAAUAAAGUAUGGUUGCUCUUAA